CAGGAUAAUUAAGGUUUUUUUUACUGCAAUUUCCAGCAAUAUUCGAUAAUCGAUGACCGAUAACUAAUCACUUUCCACGCUUUACAAUACUGCACACUCAACUGUUGAAUUUUACUCAAAUUAAUGAAUUAAAAUCAUAAAUAUUGCGCGUCAACAUGGCAGAAGCCGCCAACGUGCGCCAAAACCUGCAGAAUGUGCCCUCAAUCUUCGAGAUAUCGGCGGCAGAGACACUGGACAAUCUGAUUUAUCCUGCGCUGAGCAAGAUCUUCGACUACUUUGGCCUCCGGCUGGACUUUAAACUCUGGGGCAAUCUCAGGGUCCAGGAGGAGCUCUCGCCGCUGCUCACCUGGCUACUGCAGUAUCUAUACCUGCGCAACCGUGCCUCCUCCUUUGGUGAGAGCUUCUACGGGCUGCAGCGCACGGCCACAGCAACCGGCGAACUGCUGACCCGCCGCCAGCAGUUUGCAUCCGCCACACUGCUGACCCUUCUGCCCUACGUGGAGCGCAAGCUGCGCAACCGGAGCGCCCGGCACGAGGACUCGAGCGCGUGGGAACAGCGGCUGCUCAGUGCCUUUCAUGCCUUCCAUGCCGCCAAAGCGGUGCACACAUUCCUGUACCUCAUCAAGUACGCCUCCAGUCACUCGCCCCUCUUCCGUGCCCUACGCCUCACGCUCCGCUAUCCGAGUGAGCCGCCGCGGGAGGAUCAAUGGACCUACCUUGUGCUCAAGAUGCUCGAGGUGCUGGCCUUCUUCCUGCAGUUCGUUCAGUGGUGGUACUCCAACGACCAGCGCCGCAAGGUGGGCGGAACCCUGCUGAACCCCGAGCCGAUGCCGCAGCAGCAGCAGCGGGAUCUCGACGAUCUGCCCGAGGAAGUGAAGCAAGCGAUGCCCAAGCGUGGCGAGUGCCCUGUCUGCCUGCUGCCCCUGCAAACGCCAACGGCCUGCUCCGUCUCCGGCUAUGUCUUCUGCUGGAAGUGCAUCGUUAGUUGCAUGAAGGAGCACGGCCAUUGUCCGGUCACACGUCACCCCAUUACCCUGGAGGACUUGGUGCGCAUCUACGAAACGUAGUGACUUAGGUUGCCAUAAGUAUUUUGUUCGUUUUUAUAUUUUUAAGACAGUUUUUCCAAUACAAAUGUGAUACAGAAAUGUAACUUUGGUUCAGAUUGCGGUCAAGUGGACGCCCAGACGCCGAUCGUAUCAGAUGUGGACGUGGUUGAAGUCAAAGUAGGCCACGCAGGUUUAGAGAGAAUGUCGUCCAGCUGUGAAUACAUUUUUAUAAAUUAAAAAGUAAAUCUUACGAUCUUUGAUGUACAAAGACAAAUCCUACACAUCCAUACCUUAUAAGUAUGACUAGAUAGAUCAGUUUACAUUUUUCCUUAAAGAUAUAUCGUUCUCUCAAUGACUAUCCUCCGGUGCACUUCCACCUCCUCCACGUGCUGGACGCUAAUCAAUCGGUAUAACAGGUAGCAGGCCAAUCCAAUCGCGGCAAUUAAGCCCAGAUAGAAAAUUAGGGAAAAAACCGCAGACAGAAGCACUUCGAGUAGCCAAAAGGCCCAAGAAAGUAGCUUGAACAAGAGCGAGACUAAAAACUGGAGUACAGACCAAAUGGUUCGCAGCAACCAAGCAAGGAGAGCCAACAGUUGGGACGGCAAGUACCACAGCACCUUGAAAAUAUAUCUGAUUAAGGAUAUAUUCUUUUCCUCCUGACAGCCGUAUCUAGUUUCCUUGGAGACCAAUCCAUUGUUGCGGCAAAUCAGCUGCUUCGCCUUGGACAGAUCACAGCGGCAGUUUUCCAAUGGCUGGCAAAAGGUCUUAUCUUUGGGAUCACACAGUCUGACGCAUUGCUCGUUGCUUAUUGCAUCAGCUUCGUUGUCCAACUCCUUCCAGCAUAGGCAGUCGUCGGUGCAGAGGGCGAGAUCUUUGUUUUGUGGGUCCUGGCCAUAGGAAGUUCUUAAAAGUUGACCACAUGGGAAAAGCAAGACUAUAAGACACACUAGGCGGCUAUCCAUGACUUAUGCCGGUUUUUUCUAGUAAUUUUUUUUGCGAAGAUAAUCAGUCAGUUCAGUGCAGUGCUCUGCGGAAAACUGAAA